CGGAUACCUUUUUCACCAUUACAAAAUGUAAGGAGGAAAAUUUCGACAAACCCGGAAAAACCCACAUUGGGAUUUUAGGCUGCAAUCAAAUACAAAUUUCAAAGCACAGAAGGGAAAUAUAGAAGCGCAGGCCGUGUGUAUUUAGAACAGCAGCAAUACGGUUCAAGAUUUUUGGUCUUCUAUCCAACCCUUGUCCAAGAGAGAAAGAACAAAGUCAUGGGUCUUCGAAUUCUGAACGAGGCAUUGAGCAAAAUAGUGAAUGCAGAAAGAAGAGGCUUCGGAAAGGUUGAGCUCCAGCCCGUCUCCAUUCUCAUGGCCAAGUUUCUCAAUAUCAUGAAAAAUCGAGGAUAUAUUAAAGAACUUGAAGUACUUGAUAUUGAUAGAAGAGGUAAAAUUAUUGUAGAACUUAAUGGAAGGAUCAAGGAUUGCAGAGCCCUUACUUACAGACAAGAUAUUCAGGUUAAGGAUAUUGAGGAUUACAGAUUACGCACACUUCCUACUCGUCAGUGGGGAUAUGUUGUACUUACAACAUCCAAAGGUGUUAUGGACCAUGAAAGGGCUCUGGAAAAGAAGGCUGGUGGAAAAGUUUUGGGAUAUUUCUACUAACAUAGAACCAAUUCUGGAUGUAUGGUGCAGGGGUACCGGGAGCUGGAUUGAGGCUUGUAUGCAUAAAAAAUGUUCAAGAGAAGGUAAUUUCUGGAGGAUGAUUCUGCAGCCCUUGGAGCUGGAACAUUGUAAUAGCAUUUUAUUAGUUUUGAGCAGUUAUUUUUGUUUCUAAAUCUGUCACUUCAAAACAACCAAAAACAUUGAAAUGAAUGCAUAGAGUUAUUGGAAUAUUUUUUCUUGUAUUUAUGUAUUGAAAGGGAUUAUUACAAUA